CAUCAGCAGAAGUUUCUCACCUUGGAAUGUGAGGGACGCUCCGGCAUCUCCAGCACACGUCCACCUCUGCGCGAGAGGACCUUAGGCUACUUUCUCCACCACAUCCUGCUGGGGCCUGGGAGCCUGCUGUUAGUCUCUGUCCUUGCUGCCCUUUUUAAUGUUACCUUCCAGGGGAAAGAGAGCAAGGAACAACUGGGAGCUAAGGAACUGACCUCAAGCCCUGCGGGCCUCUGGAGAAAGGGAACAGAAAAGGAGUGGCCGGGGCUGGGGGACUCCAUGCGUGGACCAUGGACAGAGCGGCGCUCCUGGCCCUGCCCAGCUUGUGCGCGCUGUGGGCAGCUGUGCUCUCCCUGUUCCCCUGUGGAACCCAGGGCAACUGGAUGUGGCUGGGCAUUGCCUCCUUUGGGGUACCGGAGAAGCUGGGCUGCGCUGGCUUGCCUCUGAACAGCCGCCAGAAGGAGCUGUGCAAGAGGAAACCAUACCUGCUGCCUAGCAUCCGAGAGGGCGCCCGGCUGGGCAUUCAGGAGUGCAGGAGCCAGUUCCGACACGAGCGGUGGAACUGUAUGGUCGCCACUGCCACCGCCACCUCCGCCCCGCUUGCCACCAGCCCCCUCUUUGGCUAUGAGCUGAGUAGCGGCACCAAGGAGACCGCGUUCAUUUAUGCCGUUAUGGCUGCAGGCCUGGUGCACUCGGUAACCAGGUCAUGCAGUGCUGGAAACAUGACGGAAUGUUCCUGUGAUAGCACUUUGCAAAAUGGUGGCUCUCCAAGUGAAGGCUGGCAUUGGGGGGGAUGCUCUGAUGACGUCCAAUACGGCAUGUGGUUCAGCAGAAAGUUUCUAGAUUUCCCCAUCAGGAACACCACAGGACAAGAAAGCAAAGUGCUCCUAGCCAUGAAUCUACACAACAACGAAGCAGGAAGGCAGGCUGUCGCCAAGUUAAUGUCUGUGGACUGCCGCUGUCAUGGAGUUUCCGGCUCCUGCGCUGUGAAAACCUGCUGGAAAACUAUGUCCUCUUUUGAAAAGAUUGGGCAUUUUUUAAAGGAUAAAUAUGAAAACAGCAUCCAGAUUUCAGACAAAGCCAAGAGGAAAAUGCGCAGGAGAGAAAAAGGUCAGACACAGACACCCAUCCAUAAAGACGACCUGCUGUACGUUCAUAAGUCUCCCAACUACUGUGUGGAGAACAAGAAACUGGGAAUUCCUGGGACACAGGGCAGAGAGUGCAACCGUACGUCGGGAGGUGCCGAUGGCUGCAACCUCCUCUGCUGUGGCCGGGGCUACAACACCCACGUGGUCAGGCACGUGGAGAGGUGUGAAUGUAAGUUUAUCUGGUGCUGCUACGUCCGCUGCCGGAGGUGUGAAAGCAUGACUGAUGUCCACACUUGUAAGUAAUCUCUCCAUCAAGACUAGCAACCAAGAGUUGAAACCUGGAGGGCGCCCCCUACUGUGCACGGAGAAAGACCUCACUGCCUGCAAUGCCAUUGCAGAUCCCUGGGUCAAGCUGUGAUUUCUUCUUUCUGAUCGCAAGACGAGGAUUGCUUCGAGUUCUAAAAGAGAAAAGGUUGGCAGUCACCUUUGGAUGGUUUUGUGAAAAGAUA